GGCCCGGGGACGUUGGUUUGCGCUCUGCUCUGGCCGCGGCCGGCGAGCCCCCUGCACCCGCGCCGCUGCCCGUGACUCGCCGACCCAGCAAAACAUCAUGGAGGGUUUUCUUGGAGUUUAAAGUAUGUCAUCAUGGCAAAGUUUCGGAGAAGGACUUGCAUCAUUUUGUCACUUUUUAUUUUAUUUAUUUUCUCACUGAUGAUGGGCUUAAAAACACUGAGACCAAAUACAGCUACUUUUGGAGAUCCUUUUGGACUUGACCUUCUUCCAGAAUUUCGACAGAAAACUAUUCACUUGGAGAAAAAAUUUGAUUCCAAAAGGAGUGACACAAUCAGCAGUGAAGCAAAGUUCAAGAAUUUAAAAAGUGUAGAAAUCACUAUGCAACCUUCCAAACACUCUGAACUCAACCUAGAAGAACUGCCACCUCUGAAUUAUCAUUUACAUGUAUUUUAUUACAGCUGGUAUGGAAAUCCACAGUUUGAUGGUAAAUAUAUACAUUGGAACCACCCAGUCUUGGAACACUGGGACCCUCGGAUAGCCAAGAAUUAUCCACCAGGGAGACACAGCCCGCCAGAUGAUAUUGGCUCCAGCUUUUAUCCUGAAUUAGGGAGUUACAGCUCUCGGGACCCUUCUGUCAUAGAAACCCACAUGAGACAAAUGUGCUCAGCUUCAAUUGGUGUUCUAGCCCUGUCCUGGUACCCACCUGCUUCAAGUGAUGAGAAUGGAGAACCUACUGAUGACUUAGUACCGACUAUUUUGGAUAAAGCUCAUAAAUAUAAUCUGAAGGUCACCUUUCACAUAGAGCCAUAUAAUAAUCGUGAUGAGCAUAACAUGUAUAAAAAUGUGAAAUAUAUUAUAGACAAAUAUGGAAGCCACCCAGCCUUUUACAGGUACAAGACUAAGACAGGCAGUGCUCUUCCGAUGUUUUAUGUCUAUGAUUCCUAUAUCAUAAAAUCUGAAAAAUGGGCCAAUUUAUUAACCACCUCAGGGUCUCAGAGUAUUCGCAAUACUCCUUAUGAUGGAUUGUUUAUUGCACUUCUAGUAGACGAGAAACAUAAAUUGGAAAUUCUUCACAGUGGUUUUGAUGGAAUUUACACAUAUUUCGCCACCAAUGGCUUUACUUAUGGCUCGUCACAUCAGAACUGGGCUAGCCUGAAAGCCUUUUGUGAGAGCUACAACUUAAUAUUCAUCCCAAGCGUGGGCCCAGGAUACAUCGACACCAGCAUCCGUCCGUGGAACACUCACAACACUCGCAACAGAGUCAACGGGAAGUAUUACGAAACCGCGCUGAGCGCAGCUCUCCAGACCCGGCCCAGUGUCAUUUCUAUCACUUCUUUUAAUGAGUGGCACGAAGGAACUCAGAUUGAAAAUGCUGUUCCCAAAAGAACUGGUAAUGCUGUAUACCUGGAUUAUCGGCCUCACAAGCCAGGUGUUUACCUCGAAUUAACUCGCAAGUGGUCCGAAAAAUUCAGCAAGAAUAGGGCAGCGUAUGCAUUAGAUCACCAGCCACCUGUUUCUUAAUGUAUUAACGAAAGUGUAGUAGCUGUUGAAACACCUAAUUUUCAAUAAAGGGCUUUUGUUUUGAGCUAUGAAAGUUUUCAGAAUCAGGAUGCAUAACUGCUAUACAAUCUUUAAAAAUAAUAAUUUAUACUUCUAAAAAAAAGUAGUUCUAUUAUCAUUGCCACCUUUUCCCUUGCACUAAGAACAUAUCCGAGACAAGACGUGUGCAAACCACAUUCCUUGUGGCCCAGUUUGCUAGAUAUCGGGCUGAAACUGAAAUUCUGCUCUGAUGGCAAUUUAACUUUGAUUUCAUGGUGGAUGCAUCACUGUGGUUACAUAAAGCAGCCAGCACACAGUUAAGUCCUGCUUGCAUCUGGGCCCAAAGAAAUAGGAUUGUGGGUAUGUGGUAUAAGUAAGAAAAACAGAUUAAAAGGAGCCAAUUAUUUUAGGGUUUAAUUUCCAUGUUUUUCUUUCUCUUCCUUUUCUUUUUUCUUACAAUAUAUUUAUUGCCUUCAUUGUAUUAGUGUCCAGACUCUGGAUAGCUCCCCAAUAAUGGUGACCUUAGAGAAAUAUAGUUGUAUGCCUGAAGCCUUACUCUGAACCAUACUGUAUAAGGAAGGUAUGCUUUCCGUAGUACAGGAUGUAUCAAUAUCUGCAGAAUUUUGGUUACCUGGGGGUGACUAGGGGUUUUGCAUAUUGAGUGUUUCUGCUUUAUUAUGCUGAAUUACCAAUUUUAAAAGCUGUGGAAAGCACUUUCAUAAAAGUUAAUGAUUGCUUGUCACUUAUUAGGAAAGUAUCAUUUUCUUCACAAUUAUGAAGACAUGUUGUCCCAAAUAUACUCAAUUAUCUUCUGUUGGGUUACCUUGUCAGUCUUUAACUUUUUAGUACUUAAUUCUUUAAAUUUAUUGUUAAUCAGGGACUAAUUGUAAGAUACAGGGAUAAAAAGAGGCUGGUACUAUUUAUUAGAUUUUCAUCUUAUAAUAUUUACCAAAAAUAAUAAAGAAAAUGUACUCAUUUUAUUUUGGGAACCUGGAACUCAGAGUGCUUUGAAAUCUUAUUCAUAUUUACUCUAGUAUUUGGCAUGUGCAUAAGUUGAACGUGUAAAAUGAUGAAAUAUUUCAUUUUUCAUUUACAAGGCAGUACUUUGCAUUUUUUAUGUAUCCUAAUAUCUACUUUUUUAAAUUGUUGCUCUCAGUACCAGUCAAGCUGAAAUACUCAUGAUCAGUAUAACUCUUCAUGUGGUGACAGAUUAAGUAUCUUUAUGGUACAAAAUAGUUUCUUAGCUGUACAGUUAAAACUAGAGAAUAACAAAAUACACUCUGUUGUUAUAGUUAGCAUUUUUAAUUAAGAUUACAGUAAAACUAAUAUAUGUGCUAUUAUAUAAAUCUUAGGUUUUUAAUUCUGUUAUAUUAAAAAAGUAGAGCCAUGCUAAAUAGUAACACAUGUAUAUCAUCGUAUUAUAAAGAUGUUUAUUCAGAAGCAUAUAUUAGCACUGGAAUUUAUUUUUUAAAUGCCCCAUCAAAUUAUGAAAUAUGUUUCUUUUACUUUUAAAAUUUAUUUUAACAUCAAUUUAGAAGUAAAUUGUAUGCUUAAUAUUAGUUUAAAGAUAUUUAUAACUUAAGAAUUUACUAUUUCUCAGAGAAUGAGCAUGCCACAGAAAAUUAGUAUAGUGUUAGCAUGAUUGCUUUCUAGUAGUAAUUAUAAGAAUAAGUCACUGUGAGGAUAUUUUGAUAUGAACAAGCAUUUUUGUGUGAUUAGUCAUACAGAAUCAGCCUGUGGGCGGGAGGUGGGGGUGGUGGCAUAAGAAAAAUCAGCCUGUGUUUUUUUUUUUCUUUCUUUUAUGCAGUUAGCCAUUAUUGGAUAUGUUAAGGAUAAAAUCUAAAUAUGUCAUAUGAAAUAUAUUUAUUGAAAUUCAGCUAGAGAUAUAUUUACUACAGAGGAAUUUUCUCUUUUGCCUAUUUUGUGCAUUUGAACCACUUAUAUUAGAAAAUUAAUUCAUAAAACAAUUUUGAAAUUAGGAGAAACUAUAAAUAUAGACCUAGCAAUUCCUCAGUCUAUCACUCUCUUUAUUUUCCUCCCAUUACAGAACUAGAUUAUCCCUUAGAGCAGAGGUUCUCCACCUUCCUGAUGAUGCGACCCUUUAAUAUAGUUCAUGUUGUGGUGACCCUCCCAACC